UGGGGCGCAGGUGCGGCGCCCGGGCCUGGGCGUCGCCAUGGCCAGCGAGCUGGACAUCUUCGUGGGGAACACGACCCUUAUUGACGAAGACGUGUAUCGCCUCUGGUUAGAUGGCUACUCCGUGAGCGAUGCAGUGGCGUUGCGGGUGCGCUCGGGGAUCCUGGAGCAGACAGGCGCCACGGCGGCGGUGCUGCAGAGCGACACUAUGGACCAUUACCGCACCUUCCAAAUGCUUGAACGCCUGUUGCACGCGCCGCCCAAGCUCCUACACCAGCUUAUCUUCCAGAUCCCACCCUCCCGGCAGGCCCUGCUUAUCGAGAGGUACUACACCUUUGACGAGGCUUUUGUGCGAGAAGUGCUGGGCAAGAAGCUGUCCAAGGGCACCAAGAAAGACUUGGAUGACAUCAGCACCAAAACAGGCAUCACCCUCAAGAGCUGUCGGAGACAGAAGCAGAUCAACAGGCGUGUUUUCCAAGGUGCCACUGGUUGGGUUUGAACCACUAGUCUUUUGGCUAACAGUUAAGCACUUUGACAACUUUAAGCGAGUCUUCAAAGUGGUAGAGGAAAUGCGGGGCUCUCUGGUUGACAACAUCCAGCAACACUUCCUCCUCUCGGACCGGCUAGCCAGGGACUAUGCAGCCAUCGUCUUCUUUGCCAACAACCGCUUUGAGACUGGGAAGAAGAAACUGCAGUAUCUGAGCUUUGGUGACUUUGCUUUCUGUGCCGAACUCAUGAUCCAGAACUGGACCCUUGGAGCUGUCGACUCUCAGGUGGACGACAUGGACAUGGACUUAGACAAGGAGUUUCUCCAGGACUUGAAGGAGCUCAAGGUGCUAGUGGCCGACAAGGACCUUCUGGACCUGCACAAGAGCCUCGUGUGCACCGCUCUCCGGGGAAAGCUUGGCGUCUUCUCUGAAAUGGAAGCCAACUUCAAGAACCUGUCCCGGGGGCUGGUGAACGUGGCCGCCAAGCUGACCCACAAUAAGGAUGUCCGAGACCUGUUUGUGGACCUAGUGGAGAAGUUUUUGGAACCCUGCCGCUCCGACCACUGGCCGCUGAGUGAUGUGCGGCUCUUCCUGAAUCAGUAUUCAGCGUCUGUCCACUCCCUGGAUGGCUUCCGGUACCAGGCCCUCUGGGACCGCUACAUGGGCACUCUCCGGGGCUGCCUUCUGCGCCUGUACCAUGACUAAGGCCCCUCCCCUCCCCGCCCUGCCCACACUGACAAUAAAGCUGCCAUGAGUUUGGA